AUGGCCUUCGUGCCGGCUCCCGCUCCCCGAAGUGAUGUGGUGACCACGGCCGCAGGCGCUGCCGUGAUCGCCAGUGCCCCCAUGGCCGCAGAUGCGUUCGUCUACAAGGGCAAGGAGUACUUCGACGUCUUCUACGGGAUCGAGCCCUUGGCCUGGGCCUUCUGCGGCUUCUGCAUCGUCUACUACGGAGCCGUCCUGAAGAACGCAGCACAAAAGUACAACAUCCCACCGGCUCCUCAGCCACCCAAGGUCGGUGGCUUCGUCGGCAAGGAGGUCGAGAACUCGGAGCCCAGCUACAUGGACCCGGCCAUCAAGCAGGGCAAGGAGUACUUCGAUGUCUUCUAUGGCAUUGAGCCACUGGCCUGGGCUUUCUGCGGCUUCUGCAUCGUUUACUACGGUGCGGUCUUGAAGAACGCAGCCCAGAAGUACAACAUCCCCCCGGCGGCCGGGCCACCAAAGGUCGGCGGCUUCGUUGGAAAGGAGGUCGAGAACUCGGAGCCCAGCUACAUGGACCCGGCCAUCAAGCAGGUCAGAGUUGGCGAUGAUAGGACGUCCCCUCAGAUUUUACGUCGCGCGUUAGUCAAAAGAGAUGCCAAGCUCAUGAGUGGAGGAAGUUACGGUCUCGACCUCAAGCCCGGUAACUUCCUCCUGAUCAGUGGCCGCUUGAAGGUGAUCGACUUCGGGAUCGCCAAGCGAAUCUCCAACGACACCACCAACAUCCAGCGGGACACCUCCGUAGGGACGCUUAGCUAUAUGGCGCCAGAGGCGGUGAAGCAGGGGCAGCUGAAGCUCGGCAGGGCCUCUGACAUUUGGUCUUUGGGCAUCAUCCUCUAUCAGAUGGUUUAUGGCACACCUCCCUUGGCACAUCUCGAUCCCAUGCAGCGACUCCUGCGCCUCAACGACCCGGUUCUGCGGAUUGAGCUCCUUGGCCAUCGGUGUGAUCAAAUUAGGGACUCCCUUAUUGUAGGUGUGCGGAAUAAGAAUGCCACCAUUUGA